UGGGGAGUGUGUUUUGUUUCAGGCUCGGAGUCAGUGCCACUUCUCCUUUGGAGAGCUCAUAGCUGGGUGUGCUGACGAGCUGAGACACUAGUGUCUCACAGCGGCUCCUCAGCAUCCAGUCUGUCACCCCAGACUUGGGCUCACUUAUCCAUUCUAGCUCACUGACAGGAAAUCCCAGAAAGAUAAUGACCUAGAGGCCAAAGAGCUGUUAUUUUGCAGAAUUUUGAAACCUCAGAAAAAUUCUGUGGAAUUCAGAAGUUUUUUCUCAAGGUGUCUUCUGAUGCUUGUGAAGACAAUGUCGAAAACUCUGUUGUUGCCCUUGUGCAUGCUCACGGGUGUGCUGUUCUUUGGCAAUCUCCCAAAACUUGAAGCUCAGGAUGCCCCAGAAUCAACUGACCUUGUACUCUUAAUUGAUGGAUCAGAGAACGUUGGAGCUGCCAACUUCCCUCUCGUCCGUGAUUUGGCUCUCCAAGUGAUCGAAGGGCUUGAUGUGGGCAGGGACUUGAUCCGGGUAGCCCUGGUGAUCUAUGGUGCUGACCCAGAGAUAAAGCUCUAUCUCAAUAGCUAUGACAACAAAGGGGACAUCCGGAAUGUUGUACAAAGGCUUAAUUUCAUCGGUGGAGCUGAUUCUAAUCUGGGGGCAGCUCUGGAGCAGGUGACCGAGAGUUUAUUGAGCCCAGAGGCAGGGGGCAGGGCAGAGGAAGGGGUGCCCCAGGCCUUGGUAAUUAUCAGUGCUGGGCAGUCCACUGAUGAUGUCAGUGAGGGUGAAAGGGCACUAAAGCAGGCCAACGUGUACACCUUUGGUGUUGCCAUUGGCGAGUCAGCUAGUGCCGAGCUGCAGGCUAUCGCGUCCGACAGAAGCUUUGUUCUGUCUGCCCCUGAUGUCAGAACAGUGGCAAAUAUGAGUGAUCAGCUGCUUCCAUAUAUUAGGGGAGUGGCCCAGCGCAGCAUUGUGAUACGGACUGAGUUCACAGAAGCCUUGGCUGUUUCGAAGAGGGACAUAAUAUUUCUCAUUGACAGCAGCAUGGGUGCCACCCUCGUCAAUGCAGUGCGUGAGUUCAUCAGAAAAUUCAUUGACACUAUGCCAAUUGGACCUUCUGAAGUGCAAAUUGGAGUGGCUAUGUUUUCCAACACCCCAAGGCUCGAGAUUGACCUGAACUCAUAUGACUCGAAGGAAUCCCUGAUCUCAGCCCUUGCACGAAUUAAACCUAGACCAUCACCUGAUGUCAACAUUGGUGCUGCCCUGGAAUUUGUCAGGACCAACAUGCUUACACCUGAAAAAGGCAGUCGCAUUCAAGACGGAGUGCCACAGCUUGUUCUGCUGAUCACCAGCAAAAAGUCCAAAGACAGUGUCCAACAACCAGCUGAGGCCCUACAACGAAUGGGUGUUCUGGCCAUGGCUGCUGGCUCCAAGGCGGCUGAUGAAGCUGAACUCAAGCAGAUUGCUUUUGAUGAGAGCCUGGUCUUUAUGCUGAAGGACUUCCGUGUUUUAUUGCGCAACCCCAAACAGAUUGUAUCUCCACUGUCUACACUUUCAGGUGUUGUUGUAACAGAAGGACCAACUGAACCAGAAAUUGAGAUAACAACUAUUCUGACCCAGAAAGUAGUCAGGGACAUUGUCUUCUUGGUCGAUGGAUCCAACUAUGUUGGAAAUGCUAACCUGCCUGCUGUGCGAGACUUCAUCUCCAGCAUAGUCAACCAGCUAGAUGUGCGGCCUGAACGAGUGCGCAUUGGAUUGAUUCAGUUUGCUGAGAGACAGAGAACAGUAUUCUAUCUGAAUACUUACAGCACCAAACAAGAUGUGCUUGAUAGCAUAGCUCAAUUACAACUAAUCGGUGGAAACGUGGUGCACACUGGAGCAGCACUUCAGUUUGCUCUCGCCAACCACUUCCAAGAUUCAGCUGGUUCUCGAAGAAGUCAGGGGGUCCAACAAGUACUGGUACUGAUCACUGGAGGUCAAUCUCAAGAUGAAGUGAAGAGAGUUGCAGACCAAGUAGCACUAGCUGGAGUCCUAACCUUUACUGUUGGAGCUGGCCAGGCGGCAGAGUCUGAACUGAGGACAAUUGCCUUUGUUCCAAAUCUGGCAUACUAUGAACAGAGCUUUGCUACGUUGCCAACAGUUGUUGAACAAAUUAUGACACCACUCAUCACUGUUGUAGGCGAGCCUGCUCCUGAAACUCCAGUCACUCCAACCUCAGAUGGUGAAAGAGAUGUUGCUUUUUUGAUAGAUGGCUCUGAUGAUGUUAGAAGAGACUUUGGGUACAUCCGUGACUUUAUAGUCAAGGUCAUUGAGCCGCUUGACGUUCGUAUUGAUAAAGUGCGGGUUGCUGUUGUCCAGCACAGUGACAGACCAUCGCCUAAUUUCUACCUAAACACGUACAAUACCAAAGAUGAAGUCUUGACGGCUAUUAGAGGGCUUACCCCAGCUGGUGGCAGGAGUCUGAAUACUGGAGCUGCUUUAAAAUUCAUGAAAGACACCAUUUUGUCUUCAACCUAUGGCAGUAGAGCAUCUAAAAAUGUCCCUCAGUUUUUGAUUGUUCUGACAGGAGGGAAAUCAAGGGAUAGUGUUAAGGAACCUGCUCGUGACCUAAAAACUGAAGGAGUGGUACCUUUUGGCGUUGGAGUGAAAAAUGCAGAUCCCAAGCAGAUUGAGGACAUCUCUCACAAUCCAUCAUUUGCCUUCACCGUAAAGGAAUUCAGCCAGCUCGACACAGUCCAUCAAAAGCUAAACAGCUAUGUGAGUCUACCAAAGGAACAAUUGGUGGCUGUUCUCGAGGAAGUUCAUGCCACUGCGAAAGCAAAAGAUAUUGUGUUCCUGCUGGAUGGUUCUGAUGAUUCUAAACAUGGCUUCUCUGCGAUUCGUAAUUUUGUUGAAAGAGUUGUGGAAAAACUCACUGUGGAGCAGGGCAAAGAUAGAGUUUCUGUGGUUCAGUACAGUGAUGAUUCCACAGUCAAUUUUUAUCUCAAUACUUAUUUGAGGAAAGAGGAUAUUCUAAAUGCCAUAAAGGUUCUAAAACACAAGGGUGGAAGAGGGGCAAAGAUUGGAGCUGCCCUGCAGUUUGUGCGGCACCAGGUUUUUACUUCCUCAUCUGGGAGCAGACGACUUCAAGGAGUCCCUCAAAUACUUAUUUUAUUAAGUAGUAGUCCAUCUAGUGAUGGAGUGACAGAUCCUGCCAUGGCUCUAAGAGAUCUUGAAGUAGUAUCAAUGAGCAUUGGUGUGGGAAAUGCAGAUCCAAAUCAAUUGAACACAGUUGCAUUCCAACUCAGCUUCACACACCAGGUCAGUAGUUUUGAUGACCUUUACGAAGUUGAGCCACGACUGGUUUCAUCCUUAAAGAGUGUUUCCAGAGAUCUGGCGGCUAUUUCAAGCACUGAAAUACCUGACACAGUUGUGGAAGCAGGAAACAACCAACGAGACAUAGUCUUUCUCUUUGAUGGCUCAGAUGACUCCAGAAAUGGACUGCCCGCCAUCCGUGAGUUUAUUAGAAGAAUGGCUGAGGCUGUGGAUAUUGACAGUGACCACGUUCGAAUUGCUGUAGUGCAGUACAGUGAAGAUGUUUUGGUGCAUUUUGUUUUUAAUACUCAUAAGACCCAGAAGGAUAUGAUAUCUGCCAUAAGAAACCUCAGACCCAAGGGUGGAAGGGCUCUAAAUACCGGUGCAGCACUGCAGUACAUAAGGUCCAACAUUUUUACCGCUGCCUCUGGAAGCAGACACAAGAAUGGAGUUCCUCAACUUUUAAUAAUAAUGACAGGCAGAGAGUCCAGUGAUGAUGUGGCAGCACCUGCUGAAGACUUCAAAGCUUUUAGAGUUUUAACCAUUGCCAUUGGAAUGAAGAAUGCAGUUCAGAGGGAGCUUGAGUUAAUAGCAUAUUCUUCUAGAUUCCUUUUUAAUCUACCAGUCUUUGGUGAACUCUUAACACUACAGCCUGAAAUCCUCUCUUUUAUCAAAUCCAAAAUGGAAAUUGAGCCCCCUACUAUUAUUGUUGAAUUAGAUGCAGCACAGAGAGACGUUGUGUUUCUACUGGAUGGGUCUGAUAACACUAGGGAUGGAUUUCCACUCAUGUGUCUGUUUGUUCAAAGAAUGGUGGAUAAACUUAAUAUUGGAGAGAGCAGAGACCGUGUGUCUGUGGUCCAGUACAGCACACAGGCACGGGUCCAUUUCCUCCUAAAUACACACUUCUCAAAGCAAGAUGUCUUCAAUUCAAUUGAAAGCCUGCAGCACCAAGGAGGAAGUCCCCUUAACACUGGGGCAGCUCUUGAUUUUGUUAAAAACAAUGUCUUUAUUACUUCUUCUGGAAGCAGACACUUAGAGGGUGUUCCUCAGAUUCUUAUUCUGGUAACUGGAGGGAGGUCCGAAGAUGAUGUUCGAGGUCCAGCAGCAGCACUAAAACAGGAAAAAAUUGUGCCAUUCAGUGUUGGGACUCAAACUGCAGACAUAAUUCAGCUUCAGAUGAUAUCACACACUCCCAGUCACACUUUUACUGUAUCUCAGUUUGAUGGCCUUCAAAAUAUUGAGCAGGAACUUAUGUCCUAUGUGAAAAGAGUACCUCGUCAGCCAAGGAGGCUGCCACCGACUACAUUAGCAGAUUCUGGGAAAAGAGAUGUUGUGCUUUUAAUUGAUGGCUCAGACAACACAAGGAGAAGUUUCUCAAGUGUGCAAAAGUUUGUUCAGUUAUUGGCAGAGAGACUGAACAUAGGGAACAACAGGGAUCAGAUGUCUGUAGUUCAGUACGGUGACACCGCAACUGUUGAUUUCUUUUUGAAUACACAUUCAUCAAGAGAGGAGGUUACUGACAGUGUAAAACGAUUGAGGCAUAAAGGCGGAAAAUCCCUUUAUACUGGAGCAGCCCUACAAUAUGUGAAUGACAAUGUGUUCACUGUCCUCUCAGGAAGCAGACAUUUAGAGCAUGUUCCACAGAUUUUGAUUCUGCUGAGUGCUGGACGGUCUAGGGAUGAUGUUAGAGGCCCAAUCAAAGUCCUGAAAGAAAAAGGAGUUAUUCCACUAAGUAUUGGUACAACAAAUGCUGACACCCUUGAAUUACAAACCGUAUCCCACCAACCAAAUAAUUUUUUCGUUGCUAACUUUGAGGAACUUUCCACAGUUUCUGAGGAUGUUUUGUCUUUCAUCAAAGGGGUGUCAAUAAAACAAGUGCCAACCAUGAUUCCUCCAGUUUUUGAAUCUGACAAAAAAGAUGUGGCAUUUCUUGUGGAUGGAUCUGAUGACUCUAGAAAUGGCUUUGAAGCAAUCCGUGGUUUUGUCCAAAAGGUUAUUGAAAAUCUCAAUAUAGAGGAAAAUGGUGACAGGGUUGCGUUGGUCCAGUACAGUCAGGAUGCUACAGCCAACUUUUAUCUCAACUCAUAUUCAAACAAGAAUGAUGUAAUGGAUUCAGUACGCUCUGUGAAGCAUAAAGGAGGAAUGCCACAGAACAGUGGUGCUGCUCUCCAGUUUAUUAGAGACCAUAUAUUCACUCCAUCAUCAGGAGGAAGACAUCAAGAGGGUAUACCUCAGAUUCUGUACGUGUUUUGUGGUGGCCGAUCAAAUGAUGAUAUCAGAGGUGUGUCGCAGGCAUUAAGAGAGAAGGGAAUAAAAAUAUUUACCAUUGGGACAACAAAUGCUGAUACUUUGGAGUUACAGACUAUGUCCUCUACACCAGCACAUGCCUUCUCCAUCCCUGACUUUAACUACCUUGACAACAUUUACCAAAGAGUUGCCAAUGUUGUGAAUGGAAGUGAAGAAAUUCAAGAGCCGUUUUUAACAUCAGAGGUCCAAACUCUGACUGCCAAAAGAGAUAUUGUGUUCCUCAUUGACGGAUCCGAUGAUGUUCGAAACCGUUUCACAGCAAUACGAGAAUUUCUGGCCGGUUUGGUGAAUAAACUUGAUAUUGGUCAUAACAAGGAUCAAAUUGCUGUUGUGCAGUUCAGCAACACUGCAGUGACAAACUUCAAUCUGAACACUUUUACAUCCACUGAUGAAGUAAUAAAUGCUGUACAAAAUCUCAGACCACAGGGUGGAAGACCACAGUACAUUGGCUUAGCACUUCAAUUUGUGAUAGACAAUGUACUGACUCCCAAAAAUGGAAGUCGAGAGAGUGAAGAUGCAGAGCAGAUAAUUGUGCUAUUGGCAAGUGGGAGAUCAAGAGACUCUCCUCGAGGGCCUGCAAGCACUUUAAAGAAUGCUGGAGUAGCAAUUUAUGUCAUUGGAUCAAGACUAACAGAUAACAUUGAAAUGGAGGCCAUAGCUUCACAGACAGAUUACGCAUAUAAAGUUCCUGAUUUGUAUAAUUUGCAAAAUAUUCAAGAGAGCCUACUAGCGAAACUAGCAGAAGAAAAACCGAAAGGAGUAAUCGGAGUUGAUGCUAUUCCAGAUCGGAAUAAAGGACUGAAAAGGGAUAUUGCUUUUCUUGUGGAUGGCUCAGACAAUACUAGACGAGGAUUUCAAGCCAUACGUGAUUUUAUUUACAAUGUUAUUGCAAAGCUGGCCGUUGGAGUUAACGAUGACAGAAUCUCAGUAAUUCAAUACAGUAAUGUACCUGUUGCUAAUUUUUAUCUAAAUUCAUUCUCGAGGAAGGAAGAUGUGUUAAAUGCCGUAAAAGGCCUCACCCACCGAGGAGGCAGGCCCCUUAACACAGGUUCUGCAUUACGGUACGUUACGAAAAAUAUAUUUGUAACCUCCUCUGGAAGCAGACACACCGAAGGAAUUCCUCAAAUAUUAAUUAUGCUCACAAGUGGAAAAUCAAAAGACAAUACUGAAGAACCAGCCAACAUUCUAAAAAACAAAGGUGUGACAAUAAUUGGAAUAGGGACACAAAAUUCAGAUAAUAAUGAAAUAGAAAAAAUUUCAUCUGAAAAAAAGUCAUUCUCUGUAGAUAACUUUACUUACUUGCCAAAUAUCCAACAGCAAGUAGAGGGAGCAAUGACAACUCUUUUGUUAAGAAAAAAGGAAAGGGAAGAAAAAACAGUACAACACAUUGACUUAACACAAAGGAAACAUGACAUAAUAUUACUUUUGGAUGGACUUUUGUUUUCUUUUUCACUACCUGUAGCUGACAGAAGAAUGAUCAGGAGGGAUGUAGUGUUCCUUUUGGAUGGUUCAGAUGGCACUAGGGACUCUUUCCCUGCAAUGCGUGACUUUGUGCAAAGAAUGGUGGACAGGUUGAACGUGUCAGACGGGAGAGACCGUGUGUCGGUAGUCCAGUUCAGCAGAGAUCCAGAGGCCCAUUUCUAUCUUAACACGUACACAACAAAGGAGAGCGUUCUCAACACUGUUAGAGGUCUACGGCACAGAGGGGGGCGACCCCUCAAUACAGGAGCAGCUCUCCAGUAUGUGAGGGACAACGUCUUCACUGCCUCUUCCGGAAGCAGACGUCAAGAGGGUGUGCCUCAGUUACUGAUUUUGUUGAGUGGCGGAAGGUCGUUUGAUAACGUUGACAUGCCAGCCUCUUCCCUGAAGGAGCUUGGAGUCUUGACCUUUGCUGUAGGAUCACGGGGCUCCGAUAGUAGAGAAUUGCAGAAGAUCUCACAUGACCCUAGUUCUGCACUCUCAGUGACAGACUUUGCUAAUCUCCCCAGUGUCCAAGAGCAGCUUUUCUCCAGAAUUAAAACCGUACACGUAGAGACCACAACUGUCUCUCCAACACUGAUAGGUAAGACAAAGGGAGUAUUAAUCCAUUUGAGUCAGUCUUUUACGGGCCUGAUUUUCCUCAAAGCUGUUCCAAAUUCUUCCUGGUAUGUAGAGAAGUCGAGAUAUGAAAAAGUAUGUAGCAUGCAAAUUGUGGUGACGUCUUGUUUACAGUGCUCUGCCUUUUCAAUCUCAAUUUCUGUAGUUGAGCCUGAAGCACAAAGGAGAGAUGUUGUUUUCCUGCUGGAUGGGUCAGAUGGCACUCGCAGUGGGUUCCCUGCGAUGAAGGACUUUGUGCUAAGAGUGAUGGAGAAGUUGAAUGUGGCUGAGAACAAAGACCGUGUUUCUGUAGUCCAGUUCAGCAGAGAUCCUGAGACACAUUUCUAUCUAAACACGUACACAAGAAAGGAUGACAUAGUUGACACGGUUAGUGUUCUGAGGCACAAAGGAGGAAGACCCCUGAACACCGGGGCGGCUCUCCAGUACGUCAGAGACAAUGUCUUCACUGCCUCCUCCGGCAGCAGACGACUAGAGGGUGUGCCACAAAUACUGAUCCUUCUGAGUGGCGGAAGGUCAUUUGACAAUGUUGAUGUCCCGGCCUCUGCUCUGAAGGAUCUGGGGGUCUUGAUAUUCACAAUAGGAUCACGAGGCUCUGACAGCAGAGAACUGCAGAGGAUUUCACAUGACCCUAAAUACGCUCUGUCUGUGUCCGAUUUCACUGAGCUCCCAAAUGUCCAGGACCAGCUCGUCAACACUGUAGAGGCUGUUGCCGUUCCCAUCACUCCAGCAUCACCAACUCCCAUCGUUGAUUAUGACAUCACCAGAAAGGAUGUUGUUUUCCUGCUGGAUGGUUCAGAUGGCACUAGGAAUGGAUUCCCAGCCAUGCUUGACUUUGUGCAAAAAGUAGUUGAAAAACUCAACAUAGAGGAGAGCAGGGACCGCGUUUCAGUGGUGCAGUACAGUAGAGAUCCUGAGGUCCAUUUCUAUCUAAAUACUUACUCGGAAGAGACAGACGUCCUCGACACCAUCAAGACGCUAAGGCACAGAGGUGGCAGACCCCUCAACACUGGGUCAGCUCUGCAGUAUGUGAGAGACAAUGUCUUCACUGCCUCUGCUGGCAGUAGAAGUCAACAGGGUGUCCCUCAGAUUCUCAUUUUGCUCAGUGGAUCAAGGUCAAAUGAUAAUGUCGAUACGCCUGCCUCUGCUUUGAAAGAAAGUGGGGUCUUGAUUCUUGGUGUUGGCACCAGGAAUUCGAGCAGAGAGAUUCAGAGAGUUGUCAGUGAUCCUUCCUAUGCUCAGUCUAUUUCUGAGAUCUCUGACCUUCCCGCUGUCCAGCAGCAGUUUUUGUCUGCUCUCAGAAGUACAGUUUCAUUUGUGACGCCGGUGAAACCUACAGUCAUAGCUGACAGAAGAAUGAUCAGGAGGGAUGUAGUGUUCCUUUUGGAUGGUUCAGAUGGCACUAGGGACUCUUUCCCUGCAAUGCGUGACUUUGUGCAAAGAAUGGUGGACAGGUUGAACGUGUCAGACGGGAGAGACCGUGUGUCGGUAGUCCAGUUCAGCAGAGAUCCAGAGGCCCAUUUCUAUCUUAACACGUACACAACAAAGGAGAGCGUUCUCAACACUGUUAGAGGUCUACGGCACAGAGGGGGGCGACCCCUCAAUACAGGAGCAGCUCUCCAGUAUGUGAGGGACAACGUCUUCACUGCCUCUUCCGGAAGCAGACGUCAAGAGGGUGUGCCUCAGUUACUGAUUUUGUUGAGUGGCGGAAGGUCGUUUGAUAACGUUGACAUGCCAGCCUCUUCCCUGAAGGAGCUUGGAGUCUUGACCUUUGCUGUAGGAUCACGGGGCUCCGAUAGUAGAGAAUUGCAGAAGAUCUCACAUGACCCUAGUUCUGCACUCUCAGUGACAGACUUUGCUAAUCUCCCCAGUGUCCAAGAGCAGCUUUUCUCCAGAAUUAAAACCGUACACGUAGAGACCACAACUGUCUCUCCAACACUGAUAGUUGAGCCUGAAGCACAAAGGAGAGAUGUUGUUUUCCUGCUGGAUGGGUCAGAUGGCACUCGCAGUGGGUUCCCUGCGAUGAAGGACUUUGUGCUAAGAGUGAUGGAGAAGUUGAAUGUGGCUGAGAACAAAGACCGUGUUUCUGUAGUCCAGUUCAGCAGAGAUCCUGAGACACAUUUCUAUCUAAACACGUACACAAGAAAGGAUGACAUAGUUGACACGGUUAGUGUUCUGAGGCACAAAGGAGGAAGACCCCUGAACACCGGGGCGGCUCUCCAGUACGUCAGAGACAAUGUCUUCACUGCCUCCUCCGGCAGCAGACGACUAGAGGGUGUGCCACAAAUACUGAUCCUUCUGAGUGGCGGAAGGUCAUUUGACAAUGUUGAUGUCCCGGCCUCUGCUCUGAAGGAUCUGGGGGUCUUGAUAUUCACAAUAGGAUCACGAGGCUCUGACAGCAGAGAACUGCAGAGGAUUUCACAUGACCCUAAAUACGCUCUGUCUGUGUCCGAUUUCACUGAGCUCCCAAAUGUCCAGGACCAGCUCGUCAACACUGUAGAGGCUGUUGCCGUUCCCAUCACUCCAGCAUCACCAACUCCCAUCGUUGAUUAUGACAUCACCAGAAAGGAUGUUGUUUUCCUGCUGGAUGGUUCAGAUGGCACUAGGAAUGGAUUCCCAGCCAUGCUUGACUUUGUGCAAAAAGUAGUUGAAAAACUCAACAUAGAGGAGAGCAGGGACCGCGUUUCAGUGGUGCAGUACAGUAGAGAUCCUGAGGUCCAUUUCUAUCUAAAUACUUACUCGGAAGAGACAGACGUCCUCGACACCAUCAAGACGCUAAGGCACAGAGGUGGCAGACCCCUCAACACUGGGUCAGCUCUGCAGUAUGUGAGAGACAAUGUCUUCACUGCCUCUGCUGGCAGUAGAAGUCAACAGGGUGUCCCUCAGAUUCUCAUUUUGCUCAGUGGAUCAAGGUCAAAUGAUAAUGUCGAUACGCCUGCCUCUGCUUUGAAAGAAAGUGGGGUCUUGAUUCUUGGUGUUGGCACCAGGAAUUCGAGCAGAGAGAUUCAGAGAGUUGUCAGUGAUCCUUCCUAUGCUCAGUCUAUUUCUGAGAUCUCUGACCUUCCCGCUGUCCAGCAGCAGUUUUUGUCUGCUCUCAGAAGUACAGUUUCAUUUGUGACGCCGGUGAAACCUACAGUCAUAGCUGACAGAAGAAUGAUCAGGAGGGAUGUAGUGUUCCUUUUGGAUGGUUCAGAUGGCACUAGGGACUCUUUCCCUGCAAUGCGUGACUUUGUGCAAAGAAUGGUGGACAGGUUGAACGUGUCAGACGGGAGAGACCGUGUGUCGGUAGUCCAGUUCAGCAGAGAUCCAGAGGCCCAUUUCUAUCUUAACACGUACACAACAAAGGAGAGCGUUCUCAACACUGUUAGAGGUCUACGGCACAGAGGGGGGCGACCCCUCAAUACAGGAGCAGCUCUCCAGUAUGUGAGGGACAACGUCUUCACUGCCUCUUCCGGAAGCAGACGUCAAGAGGGUGUGCCUCAGUUACUGAUUUUGUUGAGUGGCGGAAGGUCGUUUGAUAACGUUGACAUGCCAGCCUCUUCCCUGAAGGAGCUUGGAGUCUUGACCUUUGCUGUAGGAUCACGGGGCUCCGAUAGUAGAGAAUUGCAGAAGAUCUCACAUGACCCUAGUUCUGCACUCUCAGUGACAGACUUUGCUAAUCUCCCCAGUGUCCAAGAGCAGCUUUUCUCCAGAAUUAAAACCGUACACGUAGAGACCACAACUGUCUCUCCAACACUGAUAGUUGAGCCUGAAGCACAAAGGAGAGAUGUUGUUUUCCUGCUGGAUGGGUCAGAUGGCACUCGCAGUGGGUUCCCUGCGAUGAAGGACUUUGUGCUAAGAGUGAUGGAGAAGUUGAAUGUGGCUGAGAACAAAGACCGUGUUUCUGUAGUCCAGUUCAGCAGAGAUCCUGAGACACAUUUCUAUCUAAACACGUACACAAGAAAGGAUGACAUAGUUGACACGGUUAGUGUUCUGAGGCACAAAGGAGGAAGACCCCUGAACACCGGGGCGGCUCUCCAGUACGUCAGAGACAAUGUCUUCACUGCCUCCUCCGGCAGCAGACGACUAGAGGGUGUGCCACAAAUACUGAUCCUUCUGAGUGGCGGAAGGUCAUUUGACAAUGUUGAUGUCCCGGCCUCUGCUCUGAAGGAUCUGGGGGUCUUGAUAUUCACAAUAGGAUCACGAGGCUCUGACAGCAGAGAACUGCAGAGGAUUUCACAUGACCCUAAAUACGCUCUGUCUGUGUCCGAUUUCACUGAGCUCCCAAAUGUCCAGGACCAGCUCGUCAACACUGUAGAGGCUGUUGCCGUUCCCAUCACUCCAGCAUCACCAACUCCCAUCGUUGAUUAUGACAUCACCAGAAAGGAUGUUGUUUUCCUGCUGGAUGGUUCAGAUGGCACUAGGAAAGGAUUCCCAGCCAUGCUUGACUUUGUACAAAAAGUAGUUGAAAAACUCAACAUAGAGGAGAGCAGGGACCGCGUUUCAGUGGUGCAGUACAGUAGAGAUCCUGAGGUCCAUUUCUAUCUAAAUACUUACUCGGAAGAGACAGACGUCCUCGACACCAUCAAGACGCUAAGGCACAGAGGUGGCAGACCCCUCAACACUGGGUCAGCUCUGCAGUAUGUGAGAGACAAUGUCUUCACUGCCUCUGCUGGCAGUAGAAGUCAACAGGGUGUCCCUCAGAUUCUCAUUUUGCUCAGUGGAUCAAGGUCAAAUGAUAAUGUCGAUACGCCUGCCUCUGCUUUGAAAGAAAGUGGGGUCUUGAUUCUUGGUGUUGGCACCAGGAAUUCGAGCAGAGAGAUUCAGAGAGUUGUCAGUGAUCCUUCCUAUGCUCAGUCUAUUUCUGAGAUCUCUGACCUUCCCGCUGUCCAGCAGCAGUUUUUGUCUGCUCUCAGAAGUACAGUUUCAUUUGUGACGCCGGUGAAACCUACAGUCAUAGCUGACAGAAGAAUGAUCAGGAGGGAUGUAGUGUUCCUUUUGGAUGGUUCAGAUGGCACUAGGGACUCUUUCCCUGCAAUGCGUGACUUUGUGCAAAGAAUGGUGGACAGGUUGAACGUGUCAGACGGGAGAGACCGUGUGUCGGUAGUCCAGUUCAGCAGAGAUCCAGAGGCCCAUUUCUAUCUUAACACGUACACAACAAAGGAGAGCGUUCUCAACACUGUUAGAGGUCUACGGCACAGAGGGGGGCGACCCCUCAAUACAGGAGCAGCUCUCCAGUAUGUGAGGGACAACGUCUUCACUGCCUCUUCCGGAAGCAGACGUCAAGAGGGUGUGCCUCAGUUACUGAUUUUGUUGAGUGGCGGAAGGUCGUUUGAUAACGUUGACAUGCCAGCCUCUUCCCUGAAGGAGCUUGGAGUCUUGACCUUUGCUGUAGGAUCACGGGGCUCCGAUAGUAGAGAAUUGCAGAAGAUCUCACAUGACCCUAGUUCUGCACUCUCAGUGACAGACUUUGCUAAUCUCCCCAGUGUCCAAGAGCAGCUUUUCUCCAGAAUUAAAACCGUACACGUAGAGACCACAACUGUCUCUCCAACACUGAUAGUUGAGCCUGAAGCACAAAGGAGAGAUGUUGUUUUCCUGCUGGAUGGGUCAGAUGGCACUCGCAGUGGGUUCCCUGCGAUGAAGGACUUUGUGCUAAGAGUGAUGGAGAAGUUGAAUGUGGCUGAGAACAAAGACCGUGUUUCUGUAGUCCAGUUCAGCAGAGAUCCUGAGACACAUUUCUAUCUAAACACGUACACAAGAAAGGAUGACAUAGUUGACACGGUUAGUGUUCUGAGGCACAAAGGAGGAAGACCCCUGAACACCGGGGCGGCUCUCCAGUACGUCAGAGACAAUGUCUUCACUGCCUCCUCCGGCAGCAGACGACUAGAGGGUGUGCCACAAAUACUGAUCCUUCUGAGUGGCGGAAGGUCAUUUGACAAUGUUGAUGUCCCGGCCUCUGCUCUGAAGGAUCUGGGGGUCUUGAUAUUCACAAUAGGAUCACGAGGCUCUGACAGCAGAGAACUGCAGAGGAUUUCACAUGACCCUAAAUACGCUCUGUCUGUGUCCGAUUUCACUGAGCUCCCAAAUGUCCAGGACCAGCUCGUCAACACUGUAGAGUCUGUUGCCGUUCCCAUCACUCCAGCAUCACCAACUCCCAUCGUUGAUUAUGACAUCACCAGAAAGGAUGUUGUUUUCCUGCUGGAUGGUUCAGAUGGCACUAGGAAAGGAUUCCCAGCCAUGCUUGACUUUGUGCAAAAAGUAGUUGAAAAACUCAACAUAGAGGAGAGCAGGGACCGCGUUUCAGUGGUGCAGUACAGUAGAGAUCCUGAGGUCCAUUUCUAUCUAAAUACUUACUCAGAAGAGACAGACGUCCUCGACACCAUCAAGACGCUAAGGCACAGAGGUGGCAGACCCCUCAACACUGGGUCAGCUCUGCAGUAUGUGAGAGACAAUGUCUUCACUGCCUCUGCUGGCAGUAGAAGUCAACAGGGUGUCCCUCAGAUUCUCAUUUUGCUCAGUGGAUCAAGGUCAAAUGAUAAUGUCGAUACGCCUGCCUCUGCUUUGAAAGAAAGUGGGGUCUUGAUUCUUGGUGUUGGCACCAGGAAUUCGAGCAGAGAGAUUCAGAGAGUUGUCAGUGAUCCUUCCUAUGCUCAGUCUAUUUCUGAGAUCUCUGACCUUCCCGCUGUCCAGCAGCAGUUUUUGUCUGCUCUCAGAAGUACAGUUUCAUUUGUGACGCCGGUGAAACCUACAGUCAUAGCUGACAGAAGAAUGAUCAGGAGGGAUGUAGUGUUCCUUUUGGAUGGUUCAGAUGGCACUAGGGACUCUUUCCCUGCAAUGCGUGACUUUGUGCAAAGAAUGGUGGACAGGUUGAACGUGUCAGACGGGAGAGACCGUGUGUCGGUAGUCCAGUUCAGCAGAGAUCCAGAGGCCCAUUUCUAUCUUAACACGUACACAACAAAGGAGAGCGUUCUCAACACUGUUAGAGGUCUACGGCACAGAGGGGGGGCGACCCCUCAAUACAGGAGCAGCUCUCCAGUAUGUGAGGGACAACGUCUUCACUGCCUCUUCCGGAAGCAGACGUCAAGAGGGUGUGCCUCAGUUACUGAUUUUGUUGAGUGGCGGAAGGUCGUUUGAUAACGUUGACAUGCCAGCCUCUUCCCUGAAGGAGCUUGGAGUCUUGACCUUUGCUGUAGGAUCACGGGGCUCCGAUAGUAGAGAAUUGCAGAAGAUCUCACAUGACCCUAGUUCUGCACUCUCAGUGACAGACUUUGCUAAUCUCCCCAGUGUCCAAGAGCAGCUUUUCUCCAGAAUUAAAACCGUACACGUAGAGACCAC